UUUCUUCCUCACUUUGAUUCGCAGGGGAGAGGGGCCGGUACCUUGUCUCCUUGUUUUCGUCGCAAGCACAACUAUUUGCAAUCAGUUUCUUCAUCUUACGACCCAUUGAUAGGGCCAACAAUAUUAUAAUUUGCAUUUUUUCUUCUAAAAAAUAGAUAUAGUUGCAGACUUGCAGUCCAUUCAAAGUUUCAAGCUGUUAAAAGUUUAAUAAUUGCUAUUUGUAGAUUUUAUAUUGCAGUGCUGCAAAUGGUUGGUUAGUUGGUUUGUCGCACAUCGGGAUGUUCAAUUAGUACGAUAUUGUUCGCUUUGGGCCAAAUCCGCAUGGUUUUAUUUUUGAGUGUACUCCCCAAAAGGCCUCGUACUAAUUGGGCAAGGUGGACACUAAUAUACAAGGGUUCAUUCCCUUAUAUUACCGAUGUGGUACUUGGAUUGUACCCUAACAAACCUUCCCUCAAGACAAGGACCACGAAAACCGUGUCCUCACGUCAGCGAUUAUCUUGAUCUGCCAAACGCCUUGUAUCCAUGAGCUUCUCGCUACAAGGACUUUGCCAUAAGCGAAACUCUCUUUGAUUUGCUUUCCAAAUGCGGAACUCUUUUUGAUCUGCCAAACCCAAACGUGGAUCUCUCUUGAAUCCACCAAACAGACGCGAAUCACUUUUGACCUGCCAGACAAACGCAUCUCAAAUCCCGAGGCCACUGAAUGAGGGUCCACCAAACUGACGUCCACCGCCCCGCACCGAAACCAGGCUCUGAUACCACUUGUUAAACCGGGCUACUCAAUUAGUACGAUAUUGUCUGCUUUGGGUCAAGCCCACACGGUUUUACUCUUGGGUGUCCUCCCGAAAAGGUCUCGUACUAAUUGGGCUAGGUGGAUGACUCACUCCUACUGUGACUCUAGAAAAUGGCCAAGUGUAACCACUUUCUAAAGUGUAGUAUAGCGGGUUUGGGUUUUAAUGUCAACCCGGGUCCUAGAUGUGAUGACUACUCAGUGAAUUCUUAUUAUCUAGCGGUGAAACUUUAGUGCAGGUUCAAACAAGGAAAACAAGCAAAGCAAUUAAACGGUUGUUUUCAAGUCGAGAGAGGUCACCCGGAUAUGGUUCCCCCUAGACUGCAGUUAGGCCGGAUUGCAAUUUACCAAGUUCAGUUUCUAUGAUAGUUAUACUGUGGGAGGUUCUUAAGCAGUCUGAAGUCUCGACUAAAGGUCUCCAGACCCUCUCAAUCUGAGUCCCCAGCGGGCGACUAACCUCCACCGGAGUAAACAGAUUGAGGCCCUAACGAACCAAACCUCCACUACUGAAGUAAAUUCAGUACAGAAUAGUGAAUUGGCUCCUCGACUAAAGUCGCCAAUUCACUACCUUCAAUUAAGGGUGCUCUAUCUUUCUAGGCUAAAGCAGAAAUAACAGGAAUUUGAUCAGGAUUCAAGUCAUUAAAUCAUUCAAGCCUCAAUUGAAUAUAAUCAAAUCAUAGAAUCUGUACUUGGGUUCAUACAAUCAGACCUAACACACAAAUCUAGGGUUCUCCAUACCCAGAUGAAUGGGAAAACUACUCCAUGGAGAGAGAAGCAAAAGCAAGUUCAGAUGCAAAAAUCAUGCUGUGAAGGAUGAGAAUCUGCUCCUGGUCAUCAAUCGGCACUUCUCCAAGCUCAAGCCGGGCUCCAAUGGUGAUGAAGAUCAAGUUAGGGCACUUGGGAACUCUGGUUUGUCGCUCUCUUUCUCUAGGAAUCACUUUCUUUCUCUAAAACUCGGAACUCCUUCUCUUUUGCUGAAAAUUGGCUUAAAACCAGAAAAUCCAGACUCAUACGGUCAGGCCACACGGCCGUGUGACAUCCCCAGCUGCCCGUGUGAGUUGUGCAAACCGCAGCGUUUUGAUAAGUGGCUUCAGGCUUCCUACACAGCCACGACCCACACGGCUGUGUGGCUUCCCAGCUUCUCGCCAAACGUCCAAACUUCGUCCAAUCGACCCCGAACUCGUUCAUAAACCUUCAGUCACGUACUAGGACCUGAAAUAUCAAAAACAAGAACCACCUAGCCUGAAAUCGGCCUAAAACGCGAGAAUCGACAUCUCAAACGGCUCAAGGAUAGGGGUAAAAACAUGUGUAAUCAAUGGUCUAUCAAACUCCCCCACACUUAACCAUUUGCUUGUCCCCAAGAAAACCUAACUCAAACCAAGGCAACUCGCGAUCGUCGGUAGAGGAUUUUCUAGAUCAUAAAGCAGCUUACGAGGUCAACUAGUCUUAUAAGACGUUCCCUAUCUCUCUCAAUGCGAGUACUAGACUCAAGCCAGGAUUAUGAGAAGAAGUAGAAGUAAGACAGUCAAUUCAUGGAUACAGGGACUCAUGUUAUUCUCAACCAAGGCCUCGUUGUACCGGGGUGCUCUUUUCACUUCAUUUCACCGUUGGAACCCCUUUUCCACUUUCAUUUUACUUUUUUUUCCUUUUUCAUUCACUUGGCGGGGGUUCCAACUAUAGUCUCUUACACGGUCGAAAAUUAUUAGUCGAGCAAGAGCAAUUUUUGUGCAUCUGGCCCUCGCAGAGUACUUCUUUUAACUCCUUUUCCUCAACUCGUGUGGAGGGUCAGUGAAAUUAAGGGGGGUCGGAAGCUCUACCUGUGCCCUUAAAAAUACAUCCUCAAGUAGGCAAACCGUUCAACGGGUGGAAGUUUUACUUGUACUAGAGACAGCUUAGCUUCACCUUGUAGGAGUACCCCACUAAGGAUCCUAAAAUCUCUUCCAAAACCCGAUUUGGUGCAAUGAACGGUGCCGCACAUGUUGGGCUUACCCCAUGUUUAAGAUUUUGAUGAUUUUGACAUGGAGGACCAACUGCAUUUUUCAAUUUCCACAUGAGCACCCUGUUCGAUACACAAGUCCAUAACACAAUCCACAUAGAGUCACCAAUACCACAAUUUGCAAAAUCAACUGGCACAGCAGAGAGCUAGAUAGGAAAAAUCAACUGGCACAGCAGAGAGCUAGAUAGGAAAAAUCUUAUACUUCAACAUCCUCCAUAGUGCUACACUACCUCCCUAGGUUGCACAUUACUUUAGAGACUGUCAAUUCAAAGCAUACUGAGCAAGCAAUUUGCAAGGAAACACGUACUUGGAGGCCUCAAAUUUAAAAAUUUGGACAGUGGACUAGGCUCCAAGCACACAAACAGAUCUAAUGCAGUCAAAAAAGAAACAUCCCCCCCCCCCCACACACACAUAAGAUCGACAUUGCCCUCAAUAGAGAAGAGGGAAAGAUAAGGGGAACGAUGUUACCGGUGUGCACGGAGUACAUGAGACUGGAAGUGGACCAGUCUGAGCAAAGAGGACUGGAGAGGGGACCAGUCAGGGACAAAGCACAGCUAAAGGGAACCGAAGAACUCAAACAUAAUAUGUUAGGUCCAAUGGUCAGCCCAAUAAUAAAUCAUCCAAAACAAAAGAAAACAAACCAAAACCAAACCAGUUUACAAUCCGACUCAAAACAAAAGAAAUAAAUGAAAACUGUGAUG